UCAGUUUCCCAAAAUUCCAAACCAAACACUCUCUCCGAUCAUCUCUGUUCUUGCAUUCUCGCUCGCACAAUGGUGCAGAUCACUGAGGACAGUUCAUCUCUCCAGGAUGCCCGUACCGGUGCCGGUAACGCCAAUCUCACCACUGCUGUUUACAAGGUAAACUUGAAUUGUCAUGGGUGCGCCAAGAAAGUUGAACGUGCAGUGAAAGCUUGUGAUGAUUGCGAAUCAAACACAGUGACUGUGGUGUUUGGGAAGGUUGAUCCUGUCAAAAUCGAACAGAAAUUGGAGAAGAAGACAAAGAAGAAGGUUCAGCUUCUCUCUGUCCAGUCCCGUGCCCCUGCUGUUGGUGGCAAUGACAAAGAGGACGGUGCCCCUGUUGUUGGUGGCGAUGAUAAAGAAGACAAGACGAACCAGAUAAAUGAGAGGAAAACAGAGGACAAGACGAAGGAGAACGCCGUUGCAUUGCGAGUGCCCGAAGAAGGAGAGGUUGAGAUGUAUAUGAAACUUGCUUGCUGCAUGAAAAUCAAAGUCAAGCGAGAUUUUGCAACUUUUGCCACAACUGCCAAGAAACGGGAAGGAGCAGGCAACGGAAAGGAAAAGAACAGAGACUCAAAGGUAGAAGGUGACAAAAAGGAAAAGAACAGUGACUCGGAGAUAGAAGGAGGUGAUAGGGAUGUGAAAAGGGAGUACACCACGAAUCCGUAUCCGCCAAUGUACUCGUCGGAGAGUUACGGACCUUACGGUGGCCCACCAUCCUUUCCAGACCCCCAGAGGGCCCACUAUGGGGGCUGGCACCCCUACCCAUACCCAUAUUCAUACCCAUUCCAGAAUCACCAGGACCCGGAGGCAUCGGCACCGCCUGCAUCACUGUACUAUUGGCCAGCAUACCCUCCUCCCCAAGACCCUUGCCGUACCAUCGCACCAUUGCGCCUGUGCGCCGCUUUAUCGAAUUGGACGAGGCUGCUCUAUGCCUCCAUCGCACUAAGGCCUACCAUCUGGGAUGUGAAACGUGACGCACUAUGGCGGCACUCUUGGGUGCCGGUUUAUCGUAUUGGGUGAGGCUGCUCUGCCGCUCAAAGGCCAAGUUGGGUGGCACCAUUUGCAACGUUGCUGGAAGCAAGGAAAUUGGUGGAUAUGUGAGGAUGCCUAGGGCUCUCUAUAUACAGUUGCUAUUAAUGAGCAUUUAAGAAAUUAAGCUUGUAAUUGUUAGUUAAUAGAAUUCAAUUUCAAAU